AUGAACAUGAACUCUGAUCUCGACAACAAGGCCGGAAGACCUGCCGCCACCAAGGUUGCCGGUAUGCGCGUCCCAGCCCACGACCACUCUGUCCCCGUCGUCCGCAAGGAACACGACAAAAAGCAACCAAAGGACGAAAAGGAAGACUCGGAGCACAACAACGAGGACGAACGCGAGCUCGAAAAGAUGGAACGCUUCGAGUAUGAGAAGCAGACUCGUCUCGCCGCCGGUGAACGCCUCGCCCGCAUGCAGGAGAAUCAACCCAAGAACGAGGUCAUUAACAACUUCCGUCAGCGCGAGAAUAUCAUUGUCUCACAGCCUAUCCUCCAUUACCACUCCAAGUCUGGUGCUGCCGCCCAGAAGUAA